AUGGGUCAAAUUCUCGACCGAGAAAUUGCCGGGCCGACAAGCAAUAAUCAAAAUCAAAUCAUCAAAUUUUCUGAUAUAACUCAAUUACCUCCUGAAUUAGCUUUUCAAAUUCUCAAAAAUUUAAAUGCAACUGAUCUAUGUCUUGCUGCAUGUGUCUGGCAAACAUUAGCGAACGAUGAAAUUCUUUGGCUUGGAUUAUGUAAAUCAAAUUGGGCUUAUGCAUCGAUUUAUAGUCGAGCUCGUGGGGAAGGGAUUUCAUUUCGUAAAAUAUUUUUACAACUCGACGAAGGAACGUUACGAUUCAAUGCUGGACAAGGUCUACAAUAUUUCAUUGAAAAUAGAUUGCUGGAUGAUUCAUGUGAAGAACUAACUAAAUUUAUUCAUAAUACAAGAAAACUACGAGCUGGUGAAAAACGUAGAUUAUUACAAACGCGCCGUGAUAUAUUGGAACGUCUGAUUGAGCUGCAAUCCUAUGAAAAUCAAUUUUUACCCAAUGCUCUACGUCAAUUCUUUGCCAAACUGGAUGCGCCCGAAGAUCGUAAUGAAUAUUUAUCAUUCUUAAUUGAAAAUUUUUCUAAACGUUUUCAUGAAUGUAACAAAGAUCUUGGCUUAUCUACUGAAACAAUUUACGUACUUUGUUUUUCAUUGAUUCUUCUUUCUAUUGAUUUAACGUCACCACAUGUUAAAAAUAAAAUGUCAAAACGUGAAUUUAUACGUAAUACACGCCGUGCCAUAAUUAAUGGAGCAUUGAAUGAUGAAUUAGCUGGCCAUCUUUAUGACAAUGUUUAUUUAAUUGGACAUGUAGCUCGUUCAACUGCAAGUGCACAUUAG